GUUUUGACACAUUAUCGGUGGUUAACUUUUUUUAUCCGAUUUUCUAAAUUUUUUAUUUGUUCAUAGGUAAAUAAGCAAUUAUAGUUGUUUAAGCUAGUUUUUAAGUAAUUACAGACUUCAGUUGUUUUUCUCUUUUUAUGCAAUCAAAAGUUGAAAUUUUAAUUUCUAUUGCAAGACAAAAAUAAUCAACAAAUUAUUGAGAUGCUAGCCUGCAAUUGUUUGAACAUAACAAUUGAGUUUGAAAGAAAUGAUGACACAGUUGCUAAAGAACUGUUACAUGAUGAGAAUUGUGAUUUUUUAGAUCAGAAUGAUUGGUUAGUAGGAAGACUUGUAAGCAUUAAAAAGCUGUAUGCUGGUCUAGUAUUUAAUUAUUCUAUAGGCUUAUGGACAAUAUCACGAUGUAUAAAUUGUAAUAUUCAAACUUAUGCAAUUCAUAGAGACAGAGGCACUUCAUGUGGUUUAAUAAACUCCAAAUUGCAGAAUGAAGAGGCUAUAAACAAUAUAAAAUCUAGCAACUUAUUUUCGAACAUAUUUCAAAUUGUUGUUAACCCCAUUGACAUUGGAGCUGACAAUGCAGGUGUAGAUACAUAUCUUACAAAAGAUGUUGGAAAUAUUCUUGAAAGUAUUAAUGAUGUUGUUACAAAUUACAUAAGAAAAGAAGAAGUCUCCGUAGAAGAAAAAAUAAGAAAAUUUACUGAAGAAGAAUAUGAACGUCUUAAUGAUGCAAAGAAUAAAGCAUUUAAGGAAAGGGCAGCUUUAGUUAGGAUUAUUCAAAAUGCGGCCAAAGAGGCUAAUAUUUGUAAGUCUCCUAAAUCUUUGAAAAGCUCUGGAUUGUUUUCUCCAGCCAACUGUUCUAUACCUAGUAGCCCAGUGCAUAUUCCGUUUUCACCAAAGAGGCCAAAGGGUAUUGAUUCUUUUCCAAAAAGCAACCAAGAUUAUAGAGACGAUCUGCAGUUUAAUUUUGAAUCAGAGGAGUACACAAUUGAAGGCGAUUCAUUCAGAAAUCGAAACUUAGAUGACAGUGAAAGUGAUGAAGUCGAAGAAGCAGAAGAUGUAGUUAAUGAGGCAGCUGGAAUAAGUAUCUUUCAAGGAAAACAUAGUCGCUCAUCAGGUAGCUUGGCCAAAUCCUGUCCCGUUGACAUACCAACAUUUUCUCCAGUUUCAAGAACCAAGAACAGUCGUGGGGAUGAUGAUUCAGAUUUUUCGCCUAACAAUGAAAUUGAUAUAGCAGCCAGCAUUAAAGCUUUGGCGCGCAGUGUACAUGGUGACACUAUUUUUGGCGAAUUACCACAACCUAGAUUCAGCACACAGAUCUGACUGCCCUAAGUGUACUAAUUGUUGAUGUGCUUCCUACUAAAAGUAGAGGUUAACUUUUACCUUAAUUUUAUCCUAAUGUGUCUUUUUUGUUAAUUAGGUCGGUUAAGGGAAUCUUAAAUGGCCUUGCUUAGUAUAGGAAAUCAUCCAAAAGGUAGAAAACUGAAUGUGGUACAUGUAGUUGUAUAUCUUACGCUAUAUUAUGUUCUUCUAUCUAAACUUCGUAUUUGCUUUAAAACGUAUUGGCACUCUAGUAAGCACUACUUAAUUCAAUCACUCUAUCAUGGUUAUUAUUAGAAGGAAAAAACGACAAAUAAACUUAAGAAGUCUGUGAUAAAAAUGUUUUAUAUAAAAAUGGAAAAAAUAGAAUUCCCUUAAUUGGCCUGAAAUAUGCUCAUGAUAUUUGAUGUUAAUUUGUGUUUUAAAAUUGUGUAAAAAAAUCGUAAAUGUAAUCGUUUCCUCACAUUUUUAACUUUGUGUUUCUUGUUUUGUAAUAUUUUAGAGAGUUUGUAUUUAAUGUCUAAAAGAAACGGCAUACAAUGUGAAAAAUCUCAGGUAUUGUAUUUAAUAUUGCAAAACUCUAAUCUGUUUACUUUUCAAAACUAGGAUUAUUGCAUUUUCAUCUCAUUAAAAACAUUCUAAAAAUUAAUAAGUCUGUGCCAUAAUUCACGUUUUCCUUGUAUAAUAUUUUCAUGAAAUGAAAUUUGGUUUUGCUUAAAGAAGAUAGUGUUAUCAGUUUCUUUAAAUCCUAGUUCUAAAGACAAUUUCCAUUAUUUUCUUUUAUUUUUUUGGUGGAAGCUACUAAGUGUAUGUGUAUACACGAGUGAUAAGGAAUUUACAAGAUGAAAACUGAAACGUACAACUUUAUAGUUUGUAAUUUUUUAGAAUAAUGUUUAUUAGUUAUAUUGCAAUAGAAUAAUAAAAUGUUCCCCUUAAAUAAA